GCUUCGGGGGCGCUGCGCCCGCUGGGGGCUCCUCUUAAAAGGGCCGCGGUCGCGGAAGGAAGGCGGCUAGAGCUAGGGGGCUGGAGUUCUGUUAACAGAGCCCCGCUAAGAACUCCCCGCGGUGGGCUGGAGGAGUGCGGCCCUCCGAUCCCGUCCGCCCUGCUCCCUGCCCAGCCCACCAUGGCCUUCGGCACGCAGCUGAUGCUGCUGCUGUGGAAGAAUUUCACGUAUCGCCGGAGACAGCCGAUCCACCUUCUCGUUGAGUUGCUGUGGCCCCUCUUCCUCUUCUUCAUCCUCGUGGCCGUCCGCCACUCCCAUCCCCCGGUGGAACGUCAUGAGUGCCACUUCCCCAACAAGCCGCUGCCCUCCGCUGGCACCCUGCCCUGGCUCCAGGGCCUCAUCUGCAGCAUGAACAACACCUGCUCUGCGCAGCCCAUGCCUGGCGAGGCACCUGGGAUCCUGAACAACUUCAACGAUUCCCUGGUCUCCCGCCUCCUGGCCGAAGCCCGGGCUGUCCUGGGAGGGCCCAAUGCCCACAGGGUGCUGGCCAUCCUGAGCAAACUGAUUCCCACCCUUCGGGCUGCAUGGACAGCUGGGCCCCAAAGAAGUGACCAGCCAGCACAGGGACCCUUAACGACGCCAGCCAAGUUGGCCACUGAGCUGCUGGGGACCAUAUUCCCAGAGGGCCCCCUGGGGUCUGCACUGGGCCAAGCACAGGAGGCCAUGGAUGGCUUUGGGGAGGCGGUCCAAGACCUGGUUCAGGAGCUCCUGGCACAGCCCAGCCUGACUGAGCUGCAGGCACUGCUUCAGAGACCCCAAGAGCCUGGGGGUCCCCUGAUGCUGGUAACAGAAGCCCUGUGUGGCACACGGGGGCCUAGUGGCCCUGGGGUGCCAUCCCUCAACUGGUACGAAGACAGCGACCUGAGAGACCUUGUGGGUCAGGAGCAAGAACCAGCCAUGGUGGACAGUGGUCUGAGCCCCGCCUGUGCUGAGCUCAUGGGGGUCCUGGACACCCACCCACUGUCCCACCUACUGUGGAGACGCCUGAAGCCGCUGGUCCUAGGGAAACUGCUGUUUACGCCCGACACACCCUUCACAAGGCAGCUCAUGGCUCAGGUGAACCGGACCUUUGAGGAGCUGGCUCUGCUGAGGGAUGUCCAAGAGGCAUGGGGGGUGCUGGGACCCCAGAUUGUCAGCUUCAUGAAUGACACUGCAAACAUGGCCGUGCUGCAGCGGCUCCUGCAGACGCAGAACAGCAGCAGGAUGCGUCGGCUGGGACCCCAGGACCAGGAGCAGGUGGAGGCCCUGCAAGCCUUCCUGGACCCCAGCCAGGGUGGCUAUAGCUGGCGGGAGGCCCACAGCGAUGUGGGGCAUCUGGUGGGCAUGCUGGGCCGCGUGAUGGAGAGCCUGUUGUCGCCCGUAGCCUUUGGCUUCGGUUGUGAGAACCUGGCGCUGCUGGAGGAGCAGGGUGAAGGUGCGCAAUGGCACAACCUGGCCUCCGGGCCGGCUGACGUCUUCAGCCUGGCCCAGGUCUCGGGCCUGCUUCUGCUCGACACCAUGCUGUACAGCUUGGCCACUUGGUACCUGGAGGCUGUGUGCCCAGGCCAGUACGGGAUCCCUGAAUCCUGGAACUUCCCAUUCCAAAAGAGCUACUGGUGUGGGUCCCCACUGGGCAAGGACCCUGCCCCGACCUCCCCCACGAAGGACCCGGAUGUGCUGCUGGAAGAGGUGCCACCCACCCUGAAGCCUGGAGUCUCCAUCUGUGGCUUGGAGAAGCGCUUUCCCGGCUGCCCGCAGCCUGCCCUGUGCGGCCUCAGCCUGGACUUCUACCAGGGACACAUCACUGCCUUCCUGGGCCACAACGGGGCCGGCAAGACCACUGCGCUGUCCAUCCUGAGUGGGCUCUUCCCGCCCAGCAGCGGCUCCGCCUUCAUCCUCGGCUACGACGUCCGCACCCAGAUGGCAGCCAUCCGGCCCCACCUGGGCAUCUGCCCCCAGUACAACGUACUCUUCGACCUGUGCGUGUGGGCGGAGGGGCAUGCGCCUGUGUGGGAGGGCGUCUGCCCUGGCCUGCCCACCAGCAUCUGGUCCGUGUCCAUACCCGGCCACAGGCUCACGGUGGACGAGCACGUCUGGUUCUACGGGCGCCUGAAGGGUCUCAGUGCAGCCGCUGUGGGCCCAGAGCAGGACCGGCUGCUGCGGGACGUGGGGCUCGUGCCCAAGCGAGGGACACAGACGCGCCACCUCUCGGGUACCUGGGGCUAUGGGGGGUUUUGGGACCCGGGCCCAGCCGCUGACCCAGUGACCGACCUGCGCUACGUGUGGGGCGGCUUCGUGUACCUGCAGGACCUGUUGGAGCACGCGGCCUUGCAGGCGCUCAGCGGCGCUGCGCCCCGCGUGGCCUUCUACCUGCAGCAAAUGCCCUACCCGUGCUUUGUGGACGACGCGUUCCUGCGCGUGCUGGGCCGGUCGCUGCCCCUCUUCCUGACGCUGGCCUGGAUCUACUCGGUGGCGCUGACGGUGAAGGCCGUGGUGCGAGAGAAGGAGACGCGGCUGCGGGACACCAUGCGGGCCAUGGGGCUGAGCCGCAGCGUGCUCUGGCUCGGCUGGCUGCUCGGCUGCCUCGCGCCCUUCCUGCUCAGCGCGGCGCUGCUCGUGGUAGUGCUCAAGCUCGGGGACAUCCUCCCCUACAGCCACCCCGCCGUCGUCUUCCUAUUCCUGGCGACCUUCGCCAUGGCCACAGUGACUCAGAGCUUCCUCCUGAGCACCUUCUUCUCCCACGCCAACCUGGCCGCCGCAUGUGGGGGCCUGGCCUACUUCACUCUCUACCUACCCUAUGUGCUGUGCGUGGCCUGGAGGGACCAGCUGUCGGCAGGCGGCCUCGUGGCCGUGAGCCUGUUGUCGCCCGUAGCCUUUGGCUUCGGUUGUGAGAACCUGGCGCUGCUGGAGGAGCAGGGUGAAGGUGCGCAAUGGCACAACCUGGCCUCCGGGCCGGCUGACGUCUUCAGCCUGGCCCAGGUCUCGGGCCUGCUUCUGCUCGACACCAUGCUGUACAGCUUGGCCACUUGGUACCUGGAGGCUGUGUGCCCAGGCCAGUACGGGAUCCCUGAAUCCUGGAACUUCCCAUUCCAAAAGAGCUACUGGUGUGGGUCCCCACUGGGCAAGGACCCUGCCCCGACCUCCCCCACGAAGGACCCGGAUGUGCUGCUGGAAGAGGUGCCACCCACCCUGAAGCCUGGAGUCUCCAUCUGUGGCUUGGAGAAGCGCUUUCCCGGCUGCCCGCAGCCUGCCCUGUGCGGCCUCAGCCUGGACUUCUACCAGGGACACAUCACUGCCUUCCUGGGCCACAACGGGGCCGGCAAGACCACUGCGCUGUCCAUCCUGAGUGGGCUCUUCCCGCCCAGCAGCGGCUCCGCCUUCAUCCUCGGCUACGACGUCCGCACCCAGAUGGCAGCCAUCCGGCCCCACCUGGGCAUCUGCCCCCAGUACAACGUACUCUUCGACCUGCUCACGGUGGACGAGCACGUCUGGUUCUACGGGCGCCUGAAGGGUCUCAGUGCAGCCGCUGUGGGCCCAGAGCAGGACCGGCUGCUGCGGGACGUGGGGCUCGUGCCCAAGCGAGGGACACAGACGCGCCACCUCUCGGGAGGGAUGCAGAGGAAGCUGUCUGUAGCCAUCGCCUUCGUGGGGGGCUCGGAUGUGGUUAUCCUGGACGAGCCCACCGCCGGCGUGGACCCUGCUUCCCGCCGCAGCAUUUGGGAACUGUUGCUCCAAUACCGCGAAGGCCGCACGAUCAUCCUCUCCACCCACCACCUGGAUGAGGCCGAGCUGCUGGGUGACCGGGUGGCCAUGGUGGCCAGCGGUCGCUUGUGCUGCUGUGGCUCCCCACUCUUCCUCCGCCGCCAGCUGGGCUCUGGCUACUACCUGACGCUGGCCAAGACCCCAGCCCUGACUGCUGGCAGGAAGGGGGCCACUGACUUGGGGCACAGCCUGGAGGCCUGCCAGGAGCAGGGCCAGCACAGAGUGGCCGAUGCCGCCUAUCUGCUGGCCCUGGUGCAGUGCCGGGUGCCGGGGGCGCGGCUGGUGGAGGAGUUGCCCCAUGAGCUGGUGCUGGCCCUGCCCUACGUGGGUGCCCUGGACGGCAGCUUCGCCCAGCUCUUCCAGGAGUUGGAUGGGCGGCUCGGGGAGCUCGGGCUCAGCGGCUACGGGAUUUCGGACACCAGCCUGGAGGAGAUCUUCCUGAAGGUGGUGGAGGACCGAGGCGUGGAUGCUGACCCAGCAGACGGUAGCCCUGGGCGGCAUCCGGCGGGCCUUGUAGCCCCCCUCAGGUCCUCGCGGGCCGUCGUGCAGCCAGAAGACACAGCCCUGGACAAACAGGAGCUGACUGGACUGGCCCUGGAAACCCAGGCCCUGCAGAACUCCAGCCUGGAGCCCACCGGCCGAGUCCAGGGCUGGCUCCUGACCUACCAGCAGCUCCGGGCCCUGCUUCUCAAGCGCUUCUUGUUGGCCCGCCGCAGCCGCCGAGGCCUGUUUGCACAGAUCAUCCUGCCCGCCCUCUUUGUGGGCCUGGCGCUGGUGUUCAGUCUCAUCGUGCCCCGCUUCCAAGACUACCCCCCGCUGCGGCUCAGUCCAGCCUUGUAUGGAACCCAGGUGUCCUUCUUCAGUGAGGACACCCCUGGGAACCCUGCACACGCCCGCCUGCUUGAGUCCCUGCUGGAAGAGGCAGGACUGGAGUGGCCCAACCCCCAGAACAUCUCCACCAGGACGCCCACCUGCAUGCCAACCCCCACCUGCCUCUUCUCCGUACCUGCGGUGCCUGCCGACGUGGCCAGGGUCUUCGCCAGCGGCAACUGGACUCCCGAGUCUCCUUCUCCCGAUUGUCAGUGCAGCCAGACUGGUGCCCGCCGCCUGCUACCCGACUGCCCGGCGGCGGCUGGGGGACUGCCCCCGCCCCAGCUGGUGACAGCCUCGGGCGAGAUGGUGCAGAACCUGACUGGCCGCAACCUGUCCGACUUCCUGGUCAAGACCUACCCGCGCCUGGUGCGCCCGGGCCUGAAGAGCAAGAAAUGGGUGAAUGAAGUCAGGUAUGGGGGCUUUUCGCUGGGGGGCCGGGACCCAGACCUGCCCUCCGGGCAGGAUGUGGACCGCUCGCUGGAGGAAGUGCGGGUGCUGCUGAACCCCCAACCUGGUGGGGCCCUGGACCGCGUCCUGAACAGCCUCACAGCCUGGGCGCUCGGCCUCCAUGUCCAGGACAGCCUCAAGGUCUGGUUCAACAACAAAGGCUGGCACGCCAUGGUGGCUUUUGUCAACCGAGCCAACAAUGCAAUUCUACGUGCCAGCCUACCCUCAGGCCCCACUCAGCAUGCCCACAGCAUCACCACGAUCAACCACCCCUUGAACCUCACCAAGGAGCAGCUGUCUGAGGCUGCCCUAAUGGCUUCCUCAGUGGACGUCCUGGUCUCCAUCUGCGUGGUGUUCGCCAUGUCCUUCGUCCCAGCCAGCUUCACCCUGGUCCUCAUCGAGGAGCGUGUCACCCGAGCCAAACACCUGCAGCUCAUGGGGGGCCUUCCCCCCACCUUUUACUGGCUUGGCAACUUUCUCUGGGACAUGUGUAGCUACUUGGUGUCAGCAUGCCUUGUGGUGCUCAUCUUCCUGGCCUUCCAGCAGAAGGCCUAUGUGGCCCCUGACAACCUGCCUGCCCUCCUGCUGCUGCUGCUACUAUAUGGCUGGUCAAUCACGCCUCUCAUGUACCCAGCCUCCUUCUUCUUCUCCGUGCCCAGCACGGCCUACGUGGUGCUCACCUGCAUCAACCUCUUUAUUGGCAUCAAUGGCAGCAUGGCCACCUUCGUGCUGGAGCUCUUCGAUGACCAGAAGCUGCAGGACGUGAGCCGGGUCCUGAAGCGAGUCUUCCUCGUCUUCCCGCACUUCUGCCUGGGCCGAGGGCUCAUCGACAUGGUGCGCAACCAGGCCAUGGCAGACGCCUUUGAGCGCCUGGGAGAAAGGCAGUUCCAGUCGCCCCUGCGCUGGGAGGUGGUCGGCAAGAACCUCCUGGCCAUGGCAAUACAAGGGCCCCUCUUCCUCACCGUCACAAUCCUGUUGCAGAACCGCCACCGUCUCCUUCCACAACCCAAGCUGCGCUCUCUGCCGCCUCUGGGGGAAGAAGACGAGGAUGUGGCGCGGGAGCGGGAGCGGGUGGAGCUCGGGGCCACGCAGGGGGAUGUGCUGGUACUGAGGGACCUGACCAAGGUGUACCGUGGUCAGAAGAUGCUGGCUGUCAACCGCCUGUGCCUGGGCAUCCCUCCAGGGGAGUGCUUUGGGUUGCUCGGGGUGAACGGAGCAGGGAAAACCACCACCUUUCGAAUGGUGACUGCAGACCUGCUGCCCAGUGGUGGUGACGCCAUCUUAGCAGGCCACAGUGUGGCCCAGGAUCCGUCCGUGGCACACCGCAGCAUGGGCUACUGCCCACAGUCUGACGCCAUCUUCGAGCUGCUGACCGGCCGGGAGCACCUGGAGCUGUUUGCGCGCCUGCGUGGCAUACCUGAAUCGGAGGUUGCCCAGAGCGCAAGCACCGGCUUGGCACGCCUGGGCCUGGGGCGCUAUGCUGACCGGCCUGCAGGCACCUACAGUGGCGGCAACAAGAGGAAGCUGGCCACAGCAGUGGCCUUGGUCGGGGACCCAGCUGUGGUCUUCCUGGACGAGCCCACCACGGGCAUGGACCCCCGGGCACGGCGUUUUCUGUGGGACAGCCUGCUGGCCGUGGUGCGGGCAGGCCACUCUGUGGUGCUCACUUCGCACAGCAUGGAGGAGUGCGAGGCGCUCUGCACGCGCCUGGCCAUCAUGACCAACGGCAGGUUCCGCUGCCUGGGCAGUGCGCAGCACCUCAAGAGCAGGUUUGGGGCCGGUCACACGCUGGUCCUGCGGGUGCCCGCAGCGCAGCCCGAGCCCGCCACUGAGUUCGUGGCGGCGGCUUUCCCGGGGGCCGAGCUGCGGGAGGCGCAUGGCGGGCUCCUGCGCUUCCAGCUGCCGCCAGAUGGGCCCUGCGCCCUGGCGCGCGUCUUCAGCGAGCUGGCGGCCCACAGCGCCCAGCACGGCAUCGAGGACUUCUCCGUGAGCCAGACCACGCUGGAGGAGGUAUUCCUGUACUUCUCCCAAGGCCAAGGGACAGAGGAGGGCCAAGCGGACGCGAAGGGGGCAGGCGUGGGCCAGGGCCAGGCGCAGGGGCCGCACGCCCCCGCCCCCGAAGGCAACAGCGGCUUCCUGUGCGACCCCGAACUGGUGGAGACUGUGCUCUGAGCCCCGCCCACUGGGUGGACUGGCUGGGGACCCAGGGCUGGGCGCUGGGCUGGGCGAGGGGCAAUAAAGAAGAGGAGGUCUUACUG